GUUUUUGAUAAUUUUACAGCAUGCGGUUUGCGCAAAUAAUUGUGGGUCCUGCGGGCAGCGGCAAGUCGACGUACUGCAGCUUUAUGCAGCAGCAUGCCAUGGACGCCAAACGAAACAUUCAAGUUGUCAAUCUGGACCCGGCAGCCGAACACUUUACCUACAGUCCUCUUGCGGAUAUACGCGAGCUGAUACACCUGGACGAUGCCAUGGAGGAUGACGAGCUGCAGUACGGACCCAAUGGUGGUCUAAUCUUUUGCCUGGAGUUCCUCAUUGAGAACCAGGACUGGCUGAAAGCGCAGCUGUGCGGCGGCGAGGAUGAGCUGAUGGUGGGAGAGCCGGACGAUGAUUACAUUCUCUUUGAUAUGCCCGGACAAAUUGAGCUGUUCACUCAUCUGAAAAUGGGCAAACAGCUGGUACAGCUGCUGGAGUCGUGGAACUUUCGCACUUGUGUGGUCUUCUGCCUCGAUUCGCAAUUUAUGGUGGAUGGCGCCAAAUUUAUAUCGGGCACGAUGGCCGCCCUCAGUGUGAUGGCCAACAUGGAGCAGGCCCAUGUGAAUGUGCUGACCAAAGUGGAUCUGCUGAGUGCUGAUGCGCGAAAGCAGCUGGAUCUGUACCUGGAGCCGGAUGCGCACAAUCUAAUGGGAGAACUGACCAUUGGGUCGUCGUUUGGUGAGAAAUAUCGCAAGCUUACAGAGGCCAUUGGUUCGCUCAUUGAGGAUUUCAGUUUGGUGCGGUUUUUCCCGUUGGACACUCAGGAUGAGGAAAGUAUUGGCGAUCUGCUGCUGCAAAUUGACAACAUUUUGCAGUUCGGAGAAGAUGCCGAUGUCCAAGUUCGUGACUUUGAUGAGCCUGAUGCUAUUGAAAGGGACCCAGAUAUGUGAAGGAUUCAGUCUAUAUGAAUAAUAUUCUGUGAAUUGUUUACUGUAAAUAAAAAUAAGAAAAAAAGAUAA